CUGAAGCUGAUUCCGUUCUUCGACGCAGAUACUGCGAGUACGGAGCGCGCGAGAGAUUUCUGGUGGUGCUUUGAGACGGCUACGGAAGGAUUUGGUGAUCUGGUACGGCUGAGGAUGUUUGCGGCACGGAUGAACGGUUGGGUUGCUGAACGGUGGGGCCUGAAUUUACGGUUCGGUGACUUCGAGACGCUGAAGCGACGGCUCUACAAUCGCUUCAUCCGUCUCACGGAGGAGGAGUUGCUGAAGCGGCUGUUCGAUGCCAAUCAGGAGCGU